AUGAGUGAUUCCUUUAUUCCUCCUAAAAAAAGACCUAAAAAAGAGGUGCUUGAAGAAGAUGAAUAUUUAUCAUCUAUAAGUUCGAUUAUAGAAAGAGACUAUUUUCCUGACAAAAAGAAGCUUCUUGCUCUGAAAAGACUGCUUGAUGCAGAAGAAUUAGGAGAUCCACUACUAAUCCAGAUCGCAAGAGAAGAGCUACAAAGAACAGAAGACAACAAUAGUGUGCUAGCGACCCCAGACACCCAUGUAACUUCAAAAUUCUCACAGAGCAAAGCAGACCAGACACUUGAUGAAUUUUUGGCAAAAUAUUCAAGCGAAGAUAAUGUUUCAUUUGAAGAAAUCCAAGAAAAACAUAGGGAAAAGUUGGCAGAAAAAUACAGCUGAAUUGAUAGCAUAACUCAAGAAGACAUCAGGCUAAAAGCUAUUGCAAAUCAAACUCAAGCGGUAAGGAAUAUGCAGGCGAUUACUUCAUCAAAUACAAAAGAUCAGCUAAAAAGCAUUUCAGCUUGGCCUGAUUUACCAUUAUCUACUCUUGCUACCAGCAAGGAAUUUAAAGGCAAGCCAAAAGAAAUCAUUAAAGAAAACACAAGAAUUCCUCCAGAACUAUUAAUAGAGCUGCAGACACCAAGUGAAAAAUUCCCUGAAAUCCCUGCUUAUCAAGAAAUCGAAACUCCUGAAAUUGAGAAAAGAUCAAAAGAGCCUGAUAGACUGAUAUUCAAUAACAAAAGAUUUAGGGUAAGAUUUAUGUAGAUGCAAGAUCCUUCAGAAAAAGAAGAGCUGAUGAUAAAACUAGCAGCAAAGCUAAACAGAAGCUCAAGAGAAAGAUCAAGAAGACUAUCGGACCAAAGAUUGCAGACUCCCAGGACUUUUGGGUCAAUUUUUUCUCCAUCUCCAAAAUUUAGCAGAGCUCCAAGCACGAUUUUUCCAGUUUGUGACAAAGAUUCCUCAAGUUUUGCUGGAAAUCCACAUAAAAAAUCAAAAUUUAUGUAA